AUGAGAGGUAUCCUUCGGAUGAUUCCUCGGCCCGAGAUUGAGAUUUUUGGCCAUCAAUCCAUCAAAGGUUUCCCCACCAACUCGAACUCAGUCAAAACAAUAAUGGCAAGCACCGACGCUGCAACUAUUCUUGAUGUUUGCGCGUACCAUCGACGCGACUUUGACCUUGUACUUAUUCGAUCACGACCCCACGAAACCCAGGUUGUUCAAGAAUCUAUAGAGAAGCUUUUCACUACGACGCCCACUGUGAAAUUAGGGGCACUUGAUAUUCUUCCGAAUGAGCUACUGAACAUCAUACUUCGCAACCUUGAUCUAUCAUCAUAUUUCCGAUUUCGCCAUGUCAACAGACGCUCCCGGAUCUUGGCAAGUGAGCUUCAAGAAUACAAGGCUGUUGUCAUACACGGUAUAGAAGGCUUUCGCGGCAUGUUGCGUGCGCGACUGGCGACUUAUUUUACGUUUGAGGACAUGUAUCGUGCCUUAACAACUGAAACAUGCUCGUUUUGUACAAGAUUUGGCGGCUUUAUUUACCUGCCGACUGCCUCUCGUUGCUGCUUUGCAUGCAUUGAGAAUGCUCCUGAGCUACGUGUUAUCAGCAUGUCCUCCCUAUCAAAGCUUACAAAGCUAUCUGCCAAGCGUUUGAGUUCAAACAUUGGAUACACCCUUAGAACGGUUCCUGGAAUAUACUCUAUGGAAGAAAGACCGGCGAGACGUCCGGCCUUACUGUUAGCAGAAGUGGAGGCUACCCGGAGACUGUCAGAGCUGGGCCUCCUGACUUCGGACACAUCUCGGGCUUUAGAGGCGCGGAGCGAACAGAAGAACCAACGUUUUAUGACGUCUACUGCAUACCCGUGGUACGAUCCGACUACUGGCCAAGUCGAAAAUGGAGUCAGCUGUAAGGGCUGUCAGAUUCGCCUAGAGACUCUUGCCGUGGUCAGUCGAGCUCGGGACGAUGUAUUUUCUUCCAGCGGCUAUCUGCCCCAUUUUGAGUCUUGUAUAGAAGCGAAAGCCUUAUUUAACGAGAGUGAGGGUGGAACAAGGAGUGUGGCGGAACCAGAAUUCACUCGCCGUAAGGGUUAUUUCAGCACGUUAGAUCGAGACGGAUUACCAAGAUAA